AUGAUGUUGGCCCCCGGCUCUGGGCUCCACCCUCCUUCAUACCUGCUGCUGGCUGUGCUGUUGGGACUCACAGGUGUGGCAGGUGAGGCGGAGCUGCAGGUGAUCCAGCCAGACAAGUCAGUGUCUGUGGCAGCCGGACAGACGGCCACUCUGCACUGCACCGUGACCUCCCUGCACCCCCUUGGGAAGGUGGAGUGGUUCAAGGGGACAGGGCCAGGCCGGGCAAUCUUCAGUUUCAGAGGAGGAGAUCAUCACCUCCCACCUCGAGUAACAAAGGUUGCAGAAACCAUAAAGAGAAACAACACGGACUUUUCCAUUCUCAUCAGUAACAUCACCCCCGCAGACUCUGGUACCUACUACUGUGUGAAGUUCCAGAAAGGGAACCCUGAUGUGGAUUUUAAGUCUGGACCCGGCACCCAGGUCACCAUGAGCCCCAAACCCUCUCCCCCCGUGGUGUCGGGCCCCACGGCCAGGGCCGCGCCUGAGCAGACUGUGAGCUUCACCUGCGAGUCCCACGGCUUCUCCCCCAGAAACGUCACCCUGAAAUGGUUCAAAAACGGGAACCAGCUGCCAGCCUCCCACAUCACCGUGGACCCGGAGGGAGACAGCGCUUCCUACAGCAUCUCCAGUACCACCACGCUGGAGCUGGCCCCGGGAGAUGUCCGCUCCCAGGUCAUCUGCGAGGUGGCCCACGAGACCCUGCAGGGGGGCCCUCCUCUUCGUGGGACGGCCAACUUGUCCGACACCCUCCGAGUUCCACCCACCUUGGAGGUUGCCCAGCAACCUGUGACAGGGGACCAGGUCAAUGUCACUUGCCAGGUGAAGAAGUUCUACCCCCAGCACCUCCAGCUGACCUGGUUGGAGAAUGGAAAAGUGUUGCGAAUGGAAACGGCCUCUUUGGACUUGAACCUCAUAGAGAACAAGGAUGGGACGUAUAACUGGACGAGCUGGCUCCCGGUGAAUUUAUCCGCCCACACGGAAAAUGUGGUUCUCACCUGCCAGGUGCAGCAUGACGAGCAGCCCACGGUCACCAAAAACCAUAUGCUUGUGGUCUCUGCCCACCGGAAAGACCAGGAAACACUGACAACCUAGGGUGAGGCCAACCUGCCGACUGACCCACUCCUGGUGGCUUUCUGCCUGGGCCCCAAGCUGCUGUUGCUCCUCAUUCUCUCUGCCAUCUAUGCCCACAGGAAGCAAUGGAUUGAUUGUGAGUUAUGGUCAAGGAGGACGAGCAAGAUCAGUCCCAGAAGGAGCCAGUUCAGCAGUAGGGACAGCACACAGGUCACACAGGGUCCGAGCCCACUUGGAGUAAAGAGCAGGCAUCCGGGAAGGAAAAUAGCACCAAGGACAUAGGAGGCACAUGGAAAACAUAUCAGGCAAAAUGAGC